AUGACUCGGCCACGGGUUCCUGAUGACAAACGUCUACGCAUUGCCCAGGCAUGCGGCUUUUGUAAGACUAGAAAACAAAAGUGUGAUGGAAAGGUUCCUUGUAGCCUCUGCAUACGCAAGAAAAAUGCCGAUAACUGCGUCUACAACCCAGCGCAUCGCAGGAAUGCCGGCGUUGCAAGCAAGCGGCAGCGGAUGGAAGAAGAUGCUUCUCUAACUACUCCAGUUUCUCCAACAACAAAAUCGGAAUCACCCAAGAGUCCUUGUUUAGACGCUGAUACACCGGCGUCUACUACAACAAUUCCAACCUCUUCCAGUGCACACAACGGGUUUGGCUCUAAUUUUGGAUACAGCCCAGAGGCAUAUGUUGUCACGACACCCAAUAAGGAUCCAAUACAAUCACGACCAUCAUCAAACACCUCACAGCAGGUGGACUGGGGUGCACCUGUUGACGAAUCCUGGAGUAACAAGCUUCUGGAAGGCGUCCACUCUUGGAGAGAUGUUCGCAUUCCCUCACAUCUUUAUGCCACUGAACGCAUGCUUGGAUUGCCACUGCCGGAAGGUGAUACUACAAAUCUACUGGGAUGCUCCAGUCACUUGGCAUAUCUCGAUGCUUUGAGAAAUGUUCUUGAAGUUACUGGCAUGCCCAACCCUUUGCAUAGACCUUUUGAUGCACGCUUCCGGCUUAUGGAGCUCCCACCAACUUUUAAACAACCGUCGGUAGCGUUACCAGUGCCACUACCUCCAGAGAGACAACUAUACCAUCUCGUCGAGGCGUUCUUGAUCAAUACCCAAGGCUUGAUACAAGUCUUUGACGAAGAAGCUACCUUGAACUUGACUGCACUGAAGAUAAUUUCAGAAGGCAAUCAGGACGCAAAGGGUCGCGUACUUCUCUACCUCGUUAUAGCGAUAGGGCUCGUAAUGGCUGGGCCCACCGCUGAAUCUUACGAGCUAGAGCUGGAUGCUGAAGCAUAUUUCCAAAGUGUCGAGGCACUCAUGGGCACUCUGACCAAGGAUAUAUGGGCAGUACGAGUUCUUUUAUUAAAAGCUAUGUAUGCCUUAGCUGUGGUACGGAGGAACGAAGGCUAUGAACACCUUGGUCGCGCUGGCUUGCUUGCGCAGCAGCUAGGAAUGCACAGAGAGGAGCAAAUUCUCAUGCGAUACGAUGAGAUAAUGAAAAACGGGAGGCCCUGGAGCUUCAAUGCCAACAUUGGCCGACUCAGGAGAAACGUCUGGCGAAGUCUCCUUCUGCUCGAUCGCUUCGUUGCUGCUCAACUGGGUCGACCGCCAGUUGUGGCCGACGUGGUUGCUUUCCCAGCACCACCCGAGGAUGUUGAUGGCGACCUUAGCAGCCUGGGGUCGAGUAUCCGUGGGGUUGAAGUACUAAGCACAAUCCUCUCUGGAAUUUUCAACAAGUCGGAGACAUCAGCAAUGGAAGCCGCUGAGAUCGCCGGCCAAGAUGUCGACUGGCCGUACAUGAAUGACAAAUCAGCCAUCACCUUCCAUUCUUCCCAGUCACCCCCAACCACACCUGCAGAAUUGCAACGCUGCGCUAUUCAUAAUGUCCACUACAGACUAUUGCAGCUACAUUCUGUCAUUCUGUUGGGUCGGCCGUUCAUGCUCUUCGACGCCCAUAUCAAGGGUUAUGAAACCCACCCACUGUCUGGAGACGGAGAGAAAUUCCCCCGGGACGCAAUAGAGGCAUCUUACAAGUCCAUUGCGAUUGUUUGGAGUGCAAUGGAGGAAGGUUUCCUAUCCAGGCGCGAUCCAUUCAUAGUCUACUGCAUGAACUCGGCCAUUCUCAUCGUACUCAGCCAGGAGAUCUCAUCCGAAACGUGGAAGCGUAGCGCAGACCCUGUAUUACGUGGCGACGGACAAGUCAUGGCCAUGCAGAAGUCCAUCGCUGUACUUGAGUACAUGUCGGAGCGCGAGCCACAGAGUAAACACAUGCUGGGAAUUUUCAGGUAUCUAUGCAGCAAGUGCAAGAACCCCCAGCUGGCUUCGUUAGCUCAUGGGCAUGCUAUGCCGCAGACCCCCGAAGUCUUGGACUCGCCGGUCGAGUCUAUUGGGUCGCUACCUUGCCGUACACAAUACGUGCCUUCGUCAAUCCAUGGCCAAGGAACCUCGGUGUUCUCGGAAAGGAUAAAGCCCGGGCUGGAUGGCCCCCUGGAAAUCUAA